UACAAACAAAAGGUAGCAGAAGGAACUUUGGUGGUGGAAGGAUCCAAAUAUGUCCUAACAUUGGCUUUGGGCACCCCUGAGCAUUCUGGACGUGUUAGGGGGAUGCCUAAAGGUGUCACCCCUACACAAUUUUUUAAGACACCAAAGCCUAAGAGAAAAAGUCAGCUCGAAGUAUCUACUUCAGAAGAUAGUCGCAUUAAUAGGCUGGAAGAGCAACUUCGACAAUCUAAUGAGAGGAACUGUCGAACUGAGGAGAAAUUAAAUCAAUUGAUGGAGCAAUUUAGAUCGACACAUAGCAAUAUCGGUGAGUCAUCGCAUGCAUCUGGUUCUUGUGUGGGAAGAGCAGCCUCUAAUGUAUCACCACCACCACCACCACUAGCACCAUAUGUUGAACAAGAGGUUGUUCCACCAGUACUAGCACCACCACCACCACCACUAGCACCACAUGUUCAACAAGUGCUUAUUCCACCAAUACUAGCACCACCACCACCACAUGUUCAACCAAUGAUUACUCCACCAGAACCAUAAGUUCCACCAACUAUGCAUGAGUUUGCUAUCAAAACGAGAGACAACAUAGUUGCAUCGGGAUACAUCCUUAAGACUGAUAGUACAGAUAUCCAUGGAAAAAAGAUGCCUAAAGAAGUUGCUUGUGUAGUCGUUGAGGUAGCCCACGAUGAGAUGGCUAGGCUACAAUUUCCUAAUUUGAAUGUAGGGAUCACUUUGGUAGGUCAAGCAGUUGGGGUACCAGUAGCAUGGCAUAAACAUCUUAUUAUCGACGAAAGUGAGCAGGGACAGAAGAGAAAGCAAGAAGAUAUUGAGGCAAUGAUACCUUCCACUCAACAUCCACAGCCCCCAAAGCUUCCGCGUGUAGAGCCAUUGACACAGGAGGUAGUGUCAAUCUCUCACAAUGAUUCGGCAUCCAUGUCAAGCAAUUUGACCUCUUUAUUGAAGUUUGUAUCACUAUGGGAUAAUGACUACCACAAGAAGAUUAAUAUCCCAUCGCAUGUUUUUGGAUACAACACGAUUGCUACGCUUUUCAAGGAUGAUGUGACGCAAUUUUGCAAUAUGGACAAGAUUGGGCAAACUCCAAUGAUAUUGUAUUUGAGUGCCGACAACAACCAAAAACCACAGAGUGCGGUAUCUACUGCAUGAAGUAUGCUAGGGAUCUCAUUUCACAACGAAGAACCAGAGCAUAUCUAUCGAAUAAUUUCAAUUCAGAUUUACCAUAUACUGACGCAGAACUUAAUGAAGUUCAAGAAGAGUGGGCAAAAUAUAUUCUACUGCAACUCGCUAAAUGAUGGCAUCCUUGCUUAGUACCUAUGAGAGGGGAUUUAAUCAUUUUUUGAUCUUUUUAUUUCUUUUAUUAGAAAUUGUUAGAACUAAUCAAAUACAGAAUCAAUCUAACAAAUUAUAUGUAGUUAAUUUAGCUUUUUGAGGUGUAUAUUGCGCUAAAUAUUCAUUUUAUGACAAACUUUUUUGGAACUAUGUAUUUCUUUUACUUAGAAAGUGUUAUAACUAAUCAAAUGUAAAGUUAAUGUUACUAAUGUUAAUUUAAUUUAA